AUGUCGUCUGUCGUUUCACGUAAAAAACUAAUUGUUAAGCAGUUGUUACGAGAGGGUGUCAGGGAACUUAGUUUAGAAAUGAUUAACCAGCUUCACCGCAAACAGAGACGAUGGUGGGUCAGGCCAUGGAUACAAAGAAGGGAAGAAUUAGGGGCAUCGUCAAGACUUCUCAACGAACUGAAAGAAGAGGAUCCAGAAACAUACAGAAAUGUUUUAAGAAUGACGGCCCCUCAAUUUCAAGAAUUGUUAGAAUUAGUUGAACCUUUAAUUAAAAAACAAGAUACAGUAUUCAGACAGGCAAUCCCGUGUAAAACGAAGCUGGAAAUUACUCUAAGAUAUCUCGCAACUGGAGAUAGUUUUAGGUCUCUAGCGUUAUUGUUUAGAGUACCGCACAACUCAAUUUCAGUUUUUUUACCUGCAGUGAUGUCCGCUAUUUAUGAAGUUCUCCAACCAUUUAUUAAAGUACCAGAGACAACGAUCCAGUGGGAGGAGAUCCAGAAAGGAUUUGAGUAUAAAUGGAAUUUCCCUAACCUCUGUGGGGCUCUGGAUGGGAAACAUAUUCGAAUUAAACGGCCUCCUAAUUCGACAUCAAUGUUUUUCAACUACAAGGGAACUUAUAGUAUUGUGUUAUUUGCUAUGGUAGAUGCAGACUAUUGUUUUAGAUAUAUAGAUGUUGGACAAGAUGGUAGAGCCAAUGACAGCACUGUAUUCAAGAACUCCACAUUAAAAAUAGCACUUGAACAAAACCUCCUCAAUUGGCCAAAAGGAGGACUUUGCGUAGGAGAUGAUGCUUUUUGCCUGACAACAUACUGUUUGAAACCUUUUUCACACAGAGGCCUAACAGUAGAAGAGAGAGUCUUCAAUUAUCGACUAUCGAGAGCCAGGCGCGUUGUUGAAAAUGCGUUUGGUAUUUUGGCUAGUAGGUUUCGUGUUUUUAACACGCCUAUACCACUAAAUGUGAACACCGUAGAAAUUUUAGUGAAAACGGCUUGCUCUCUACACAACUGGCUACGACAGACUUCUCCCAGAACAUAUUUUCCUUCAGGAUCUGUGGACGAUGAAGACUUAAACACGGGGGUUAUAGCACCAGGGGCGUGGCGAGACAUGCCGAGCUUAAUGCUCCCAAUAGACCGCCUGUAUUCUUCAAAUAAUUAUGGUCGAACUGGUGAAGAGGUUCGGCAGUGGUACAUGCAUCAAUUUAUGACAAAAUUAUCAGUUCCAUGGCAAAUGACGUCAAUUGGUAUAGAACCAACACAAGCAGUCGAAAAUGCAGUCGAAAAUGAAUAA